CACCACCAUAGUUCUUUAUUAUUUGUUCGUUACCUUUGCAUUGUGAUUAAAAUAUUUUAUGAAGAUUUAUAAUUAGGGCGAGAGAAGAGGGCGAGAGAGAGAGAGAGAGAGAGAGAGAGAGAGAGACGAUGAAGGAGAAGGCCCAGGAGAUAGGGAAGACGGUAUGGAAGAUGAUCCGUAAGGUCGUCAAGAAGCCGUGGGAGUUCACGGGGCCGACAUCGCACCCCGAGUACGUGGAGGCGAACCAGAAGGCGACUGAGUACCGCCGCAUGUCGCCCGCCACGCCCGACGUGACGCCCAUCAUACCGCAGACGGAGCCCGACCGCAUCUUCGACAUCAGGUACCACACUCGCGAGACCCACCGCGUCGCGCCGCCCGUCAAGCUCGACUACGAGUACGAUCCCCACAACCCCGAGCACAUCCAGUUCGUCAAGAAGUUUAUCGACGAGAUGCCCCUGCCCCGGGCGUGGGUGUUAGGUCCCAAGCGCGGCAUCUGGGAGGAGGAGAAGGAUCGCCCAGAUGGGGGAUACCAGGUCGGCGGAGCCCGGGAGGCCCGAGAAGCUAGAGCCAAGGCGGCGGCAGCCAAGGCAGCGCCGGCGGAGUCCAAGGCGGCGGCGGAGGCCUCGGCGUGAGGGAGAGAGAGAGAGUAAGAUCUCUUUGGCCACAUUUUGCCUGUGGAAUAAGCUCUCGCCGCGCGGACUUGGAAUCUUUGUAUUUUUUUUCUUCUCGGUGUGUUCUAGGCUCUUGCAAUCUUUGCUGACAAUCCUAGCGCACAAGAUCACGAGGGUUAUGGAAGCGCUGCAUUCUAGAUCACGAAAUGGUAAUGUACCUCCAUUUUUCUUGGAUCUUUCAACCAAGUUGAUGGAGUCUUUUCUCGA